AUGGCGACCACGGCGGAAAUCAAAACGUCGUUUACUUCGAAGCAUGUCGAGGAUAACGAGAAAGGCGUUCUAUCUUCACAUAUCUCAGACUCAUCCUUGCAAUACGAUGAAGAGACUGUGAAGCGCAUCAAGCGCAAGAUCGAUAUCCGCUUGGUCGUCGCUGGCAUGGGCGCUGACAUCGACCUCACUGGCACAAACUACUCAACAAUCGUCGCCGUCUUCUUCCCAACAUACACAGUCUUCCAACCCCUAAUGACCGUACUCGCGCGCAAAAUCGGCCCGCGAAUCUUCAUGGGUUUCAUCACCGUCGCAUGGGGUCUCGUGAUGGUAGGCAUGGGCCUCGUCAACAACUGGCGCGAACUCGCCGGACUACGUGUUGUCCUGGGUCUCUUUGAGGCAGGUCUUUUCCCCGCCGCAGUGUUCCUGAUUAGUAGCUGGUAUAUCCGCCAUGAGACGGGGAAGCGCAUUGGGUUGUUUUAUCUGCUGGGCAGUGCGAUUAGUUCGUUUGGGGGGAUUUUGGCUUACGGUCUGCAACAAAUGCACCGUCUCCAAGGCCACGCUGGAUGGCGCUGGAUCUUUAUUAUCGAGGGCGUGCUUACCGUUGCCAUAGGACUGGCUGGGUUCGUGUUGAUCAUCGACUUCCCUGAAGAUGCGCGACGAACGCGUUGGUUUCUUACCGACCGAGAAAUUGAUAUCAUGAUUGACCGUGUUGAGAAGGAUCGGGGCGAUGCCCAUGUUACGCCGUUUGUGCUCAGGGAGUAUCUUAGCUAUGCCUUUGAGUGGCAGGGGUGGUUGCUGGCUGUGAACUUUCUGAUGACGGCUAUUGUUAUAUACGCGGUUUCGUAUUUCCUUCCAAUCGUCCUCAUGCAAGGGCUCGGUUUCGGUGUUGCGGAGGCUCAGACUCUUACUGCACCAUGCUUCCUCUUCGGCACCCUCCUCGGCCUAACCGAAUCCUGGCUCUCCGACAAAUACAAAACGCGCGGCAUCAUCGUGGUCAUCAACGCGCUCCUCCAGAUAGUCGGUGUCGCACUGCUAGGGUACGCCAAAAACAACGGCGUGCGAUACUUCGGCGCCUUUAUACUCACCGGCAGCUGCAACGCUAAUAUACCCGCUGCACUAACAUACCAGUCGAAUAAUAUUACCGGCCAGUGGAGGCGCGCCUUUGGGUCGGGGCUCAUUGUUGGUGCUGGCGGGGUUGGAGGAAUCAUUGGGGGUUUGGUGUUUCGAGAUCAGGAUGCGCCUGAUUAUAGGCCUGGUCUGUGGACUUGUUUCAUUGCGGCUGCGAUUACGGUUGUGUCUGUGGGGAUCACGACUGUCACGAUGGGGAGGAGGAACAAGAGGCAGGAGCGAGGGGAGGUCAUUUUUGAUACGCCUGGGUUUAAAUUCACCCUGUAG